UUAUGCCCUGCAGCGCUUGCAUUGGCCAGGUUGAGUGAUAACCGUACACUGGGAUUGGUCGCUGACAUGCAGCGCGAUGUUUGAAUUGGUUCAUUCAAACAGCGGUCGCCUCGGGUAGGAAGGUGCGCACAGUGGAGCUUUUUGUUUUUCAGAUAGCUUAGGCUUUCAUUAGAUUCAGCAAGUGUAAUUUAGUCUUGAAGUAAAAACGUAACUUAAAUGAGAAAAUAACUACAUUGGAUAAUUAUACGCUAGUAGUUGUUUUUAACUAGGCUAACUUUGGCUCCUGAAGUGAAGAUUGGACGCACUAAGUUACCGAUAACUCGUUUUGGGUUGUGUUGAGCUGUUACAAAAAGGUAGCGAAUAUGACGUCAACUCUCUUGUCCCCAUGCGGAUUGCUGUCAGACGAGGACGAAUGUGGAGCGGUGCUCGAGUCCACUGCAGCAGACCUCGGAAGUCUGCUACGUCCUCAGCCCCCGCUACCCGAAAUUUCCCUCAUUGCUCCCACCAUAGAACCCUGCACGCCCGCAAGACAGGGUAAGGCUGCGGUGGAGCGGAAGGGGAGUGCAGACGAGGGCUCGGAGAAGCUGAAGGUGUUCCUGCGCAUCAGACCCCUCACCCAGGCAGAAAAGGACCGAGGAGAGGAGCAGGGGUGUGUGAGCAUGCAGGGGGACGAGACUCUAUUGCUGAAAGCGCCCAAAGACUCCCACAACAUGAGAAAUGCUGAGAGGGGAGUCACGCAGAGCAUGCACAAGUUCAGCUUCACUCAGAUCUGUGGAUCAGAGACGGGUCAGCAAGAGUUCUACGACCGCACCAUGAGAGAGAUGGUCCGGGACGUGCUGCAGGGCGAGAACCGGCUUCUGUACACCUACGGAGUCACCAACUCGGGCAAAACAUACACCAUACAAGGUUUGGGCUCAGAGGCUGGCCUGUUGCCGCGGGCAUUGGUGUCGGUGUUCCUGAAGCUGUCGGGUCGGCUCUAUCCGGCCAUGGACCUGAAACCUGUCUUGUGCCAGGAGGUGCGCAGACUGGACACCAAUGAGGUCAAAGUGGAGAGCAUCCGCAAAGCCGCGCUUCUGAAUGAGGUGCGCGUGUUGCUGGCAGAUUCGGACAGCGUGUGUCUGGACGCUGAUGGACUAGGCUUGAGCCGCGGGGAGGAGCUGGAGGAAGGGAUGCAGAUCUCUGUGUGGGUUUCCUUUUACGAGAUCUACAACGAGUUCAUCUACGACCUCCUCGACACCCCACCCUCAAUGUACCACCGCAAGAGAGCCACGCUCCGCCUCAGUGACGACAAGCAUGGCAACCCCUACGUGAAGGAUCUCACUUGGAUUCAGGUGCAAAGUGCAGAUGAGGCCUGGAAGGUUCUGAAGGCUGGACGACGGAACCAGAGUUUUGCCAGCACACACCUGAACCACAACUCUAGCCGCAGCCACAGCAUCUUCACCAUUCGCCUGCUGCACAUCCAACCCGACUCUGACUUCAAACAGGGAACACGUAUCAGCGAUCUGUCUAUGUGUGACUUGGCUGGUUCAGAGCGCUGUAAGGACCAGAAGAAUGGAGACAGAAUGAAGGAGGCCAAUAACAUCAACACCUCCCUACACACACUGGGCCGCUGUAUGACUGCACUCAGAUACAAUCAGAACAACAGGUCUCGAGCCCCUCAGGUGGUUCCGUUCCGUGACAGCAAGAUGACGCGGCUGCAGAACUUCUUCACGGGUCUGGGCCGCUCCAUCAUGGUGGUCAACAUCAACCCUUGUGCUUCCACCUACGACGAGACACUGCAGGCUCUCAAGUUCUCCGCCAUUGCAACACAGCUGGUCCAUGGCCCCUCCACUAAGACACGUGUGGCGUACAUCCUGUCACUGCUGCGUGAGCAGCAAGAUGGAGGAGCUGCCAAUGAGAGCAGCCUGCUGGAGGAUGAUGACAGUGACAACGAAGGAGACAUCACCAUGUUGGACUCCGACGCCUUGCUGCAGGCUAUAGAGGUGCUGAAGCGUGAAGUUCUGCGUCAGCGUCAAGAGAAGGCAGAGCUGGAGGCAAGCGUGAGGGAGGAGGUGUGUGCGGAGAUGAUGGAGGUCAUCUCACGCAUGCAGAGUGAUUUCAGUGAAACGUUAGAAACUGAACAGACCAUGAUUGAGGAGCGCUAUGAGAAGAAGAUCGGCAACCUCCACACCAGCCUCAAGAAAUACUACAGCCAGGAGAUCGAGGAGCGGGACGAGCAGAUCCGUGAACUCACCGCCACCCUGGACAAGAGGUCCUCCAGGCCCGGGAGCACGGCGGUGGUGGCGGCGGCGCCCAUCUUCCCGCCGCUGGUGGCGGACGAGGAGGCGAGCGUGCGGCGGUCCCAGCGCCUGGCAGCAAACAGAGACACGCACACACACGUGGAGCUGGAGCAAUGCAGGCUGGAGCUGGAUCAGUGCAGGGCGGAGCUGGACCUCUGCAGGACAGAGCUCAGGCUCAAGACCCUCGAACUCCAGCGUGCCCAUGUGCAGAACCCAACACCUGGCAACAGUACCACCGCCUCCACAGCAGACCGGAAACUGGAGGAGGGGCAGAAGAACCUGCGUCAGCUGCGUGACGACCUGCAGAAGUUGGUGGCAGAGCUUCAGUCUGGAGAGCGGGCAUGCUGCAGAAACACAGACGGAGAGAGACUCCGACAGGCACUAAGCAGCGCAGAUGAGAAACUCAAUAAACAGGAUCAGAUGUUGGUGGAGCUCCACACAAGUCUGCAGCUGGUGAAGGCAGAGCUGAGGAGGAAGGCGGAGUGUAUGCCGCCACCUGCCCCUCCCACUCCCGGCUCGUCCUGUAAAAAGCGUGGCUGUCGCCCCGCCGCUGCCAUGGCGAUGGAGAAUGUGGCCCCACCUGAGAAGCGUCCGUUCUUCCGCUCCCUUUUCCCAUCGCGCACGCCUGUCACGCGCCACAGAGCGGACGCCGUGGACAACAACGCCACGCCCUACGCCCGCGUGCUGCGCUCUCGCCAGCCGUCCCCACCGCCCAGCCCCUCCCCCAUGCGCCGGGGAAUGAAGUACUGAGAAGACGACAAUAAAGUUGUUAGGUUUUGCAUUUCUUUGUACAAAAAUAAGUUGCAGCAGUGGUCCAGGGCAACAGGGCCUACUCUGUCUGUACAAGUCUGGUCAUUUAGUGCCAUAUCCAGCUUGUGUGUGUUGUUAUUUAAACAUUUAGGGACAAUUUCCCCUGCAUGGAUUAAGCCUGCUCCUAGACUAAAAGCUGUUUCGCAGUAGAAAUCUCUAUUGAAGCUAUGUGUUAGUCUAGGGCCAGGCUUAAUCCAUGUACGGGAGACCAACCCUCACUUCUCAUUAACCUUGAGCUUUAAAUCACAGUGAAGCAGUGCUCGAUAUUGGCUUUCUUGGGAGAUUAAUGUUGAUGUAGUGUUAAUAGGACACUGUUAAGGACGGCACAGGUUGUGGAGAUGCUUUUACAUGUUUGAUCAAGCUGAUUAGUGCCGAGUGCCCUUCCUGUCUGUCAUUAAGGGCCUAUUAUGUACUAUGCACUAGCCUUGGAUCUGUAGUAUACACACAGAAAUGUUAUGUAAUCUUUGAAAUACCGGGUGACUAUUUUAAAGUGUGUUUAUUUCUUUUAUGUCAAGGUAAUCGGUUUUAGCGUAGUCUUUAGUCUUGUGUAGAAUUUGACGGCCUAGAUCUGCCAAAAAAAGUGAUGCGGUGUUUGUUUGGUUUCCCAAGAUUGAUACUGCUAGUGUGAGUGUGAGUGCUGGAUGUGUGUGUGUGUCAGAAUUUACCACUUAAAUCACUGUUUGUCAACCACAAGCACUGAGGACCAAUGAGUCAGCAGUAUUAUUAUCACAGAAUUGAACUAAGAUUUCAGGGCAAAUCUGAUGCCUUCCCCCCCCAACUAUUCUGCAUGUUAGUGGAAAGGCACUGGUUAUGCAUCUACUUGGUAUGCACAUACCUGUAUGAGUGGGUGGAUGGAUGCAUAUUCAUGAAGUCUCCUUUGCACAUAAAGUAUUCUACUACUACCGAGGGUCAUUGUUCAUGUAAAUAAUUGUAUUUCUACACUGUUAUAUAAACAAAACAUAUUUUUUAAAGGUGGCUAUAUGUCCCAUACUCUAACAGAGUUAAGUUUGAAGCAGCACCUAACAACCAAGACAGUUUUCUGUCUAUUCUAUUCUAUUCUUGUUUAUGCAUGUGGUUUCCUGUUUAUGUGUCAAAUCUUUCCUGUCUGUAAAAUCUGUUUCACAUUAAGAAUUAAAGCCCUUCUGGUCAUUCA